AUGAGCUUUCCUCAGCCACCUCAUCCGGGCGCCAAUGACCCGACACCUUUCAGCUUGGUAGCACUCAUGAUGUCCAACGCGUUGUCCGACCACGAGAAGAUCGAGUGCUGGAAAACGAUCGACAUCAUCUACGACAACCUUUUGAACGACGAUGAAAGUUUGAGAUCCUUCGCCGAGAUCGCAAAUGGCAUCCAACAACAAUUCCAUAAUCCUUCCCUCCAGGAUGGAAGGAUUCUCUCUGGGGUCAACUUUGCUCGACAAGUUUACCGUUGGUUCGCAACUCAUCACGACAGCGGCUUGAUCGACCAAGCGGUAGCCAGACUUGGACAAUCCAAGCCUUUCCUACGUGGCCUUGAACGCUACCUGACGGUCGCUGAAAGGGAAAAUCGCCGAACAGAAUCCAGUGACCCAAAGGAGUUCACUCCUCUUCCUCAGGAUCUCCUGAAAUCCUGGAGUGACGCGCUAGCACUGCGUCACUGGGCUCGGGUUCGCACGAGUCGACCGGUUAAUCCAGUACCAGGGGAUAUUCCCAAGGACUUUGAGGAGAAAGCUCGCCUCGCAAAGUACAUUUUCGAUGGUAUGGUUGCCGAGCCGCAGAAUAUGGUCGAAAGGCCAAAGGUUGGUGGGCAAGACAAGGGCCACGAGCAGGGAAAGAGCAAAGGGCCAGAAAUCCAUGCUCAAGUGAAGCGGGUCAGGGAAAUGUCUGAUCUAAAGAAGUAUAUCCUGAGCUGGGACUGGUUGGUUAAUGCAAUUGAUGCGGAGAAGGGAACGCCCGACACCGUUCUCUACUGUAAUGAGGCAUUCCCUAAAAAUGGGGACUAUAAAAACUUCCGGGAGAGAAUUCAGUCCACCCAUGAGUUAGUCUCGGUAGCCUCGCUGGUGAAUGCGACCCAGCCAGCUUACCUCACUCGCUUUGCUGCUAAUCCUAAGCAGGAGCUUUCCACCAAGGUGUUAAACAAGGGCACCAACGCCACGCGAACCCGGCAAGUUCAAGCCG